GUCAGUCACAAACAGGUAGAUAGAGGCUGCCCGAGCCAGCAAGAGAGUGAGAGAGUGAAUGACAGAGCGAGAGAGAGCUUUCCAGAGCCACCGGUUGCUCACGCACACUCCCGCUCGGCCCACAGCCUCACUUAUGUGCGGCUCCUCUCAAGGCUUCACGGCCUGGUCCUCUGGGAGCAGCACGGUCAUGUUAACCUCUGAAGGGUCAGAGGUCAUGGCGGUUGCAACGGCCGAGUCUGUGGACUCGGACAUGACGUCGUGGAGUGAGGCUGACUUUGAAGAGAAGUCCACGUACAUCGUCAAGGAUCAACCUCUGGAGGAAGUGUCCAAAAACUCCAGCAAAACGCGAGCCGAGAGGUCCUUGCCCAGGAACUUGGCCUUGAAACGCUGCCUGGACUCAGCACAAGUGCUCGGAGUGACCAGCAAAGAGUUGAUACCGAAGGGGACACGCUUCGGGCCUUUGGUGGGCGAACGAUACACCAACGAAACGCUGCUGAAAGACGCCAAUCGAAAGUAUUUUUGGAGGGUCUUCUCCCAUGGGACCUUGCACCACAUCCUAGACGGUUUGAAUGAAGACAAGAGCAACUGGAUGAGAUACGUAAACCCGGCCUGCGGCGUGGACGAGCAGAACUUGAUCGCGUGCCAGAGUGGUCUGGACAUCUACUUCUACACCGUUAAACCGCUUCUUCCUGGUCAGGAGCUGCUGGUGUGGUACUGCUCGGAACUAGCCCGGCGUUGUAACUACCCACCCUUGGGGCAGCUUGCUAUGGACUGUCCUGCACGUCGUCAAUCACAGAAGAAGACGCCGGCGAAACGGGGACACAGCGUGACUGAGAUCCUCCGAGAAGACCCCCCCAAGCCGCUCGCUGGCCUUUACCGACAAAUGGACGGUUCUUUAUCUCAGGGUAACCUCCCGGUUUUCCCCAUGGUCUACCCGAUCCAGUCCCAUCCAGAAGCCGUCCACAGAUAUGUAGCCCCGCCCCCUCUGCCGUCCUGCAGUCCUCCGGCUGCCAAAAGGACAGCUCGAAGUAGCCAUAUUCCUUCCAGUUUGCACUUCAGCUUCCAGCACAGCCCAAGCCACGUUCUAGCCAAAGCUUACCCAGAACCUUCAGUACCAGAGCGAGUGUAUUCUGCUCCCUAUCUUCUACCCCAGUACUCACCUUGCCAUGACAGCAUUCUACCUCACCCGUACUUGUCCUACACCGAUGGACUAAAACCCUACUUGACUCUCUCGGCUCAUUUACUGCCUUUUGAUGGCUAUGUUAACCUCCUCCAUCCGGAACACAAGAACUCAACACUUGCACUGUCAAACACCAAAGAAGACCUCAUUCCGUCUCCGACUGGCGAGAGCAAAGAUGAAAAGAACCUCAUCUGCCCCAAAACAAACUACCUCAAGAGUUCUUCCGAGUAUUCUGGAGCUGCAUCCACGUCCAGUGCCACCUCCGUGGUCACCACCAAGUGCAGAGCGCAGCCCUCGCUCGCACACGGAGGAUGCUCUCCACCGCUCGGUACGGCAGCUUCAUUGGACCGUGGUCCCUCAAAACCGACGACGGCCUCGCAAAGCAGCACAAUGGAUGCAUCGGACCUCAGGAAGCCCAAACGGGAGGAACACGUGAUGGGCUACAAGACCUUGUCAUACCCGCUCACCAGGCAGAACGGAAAGAUCCGGUACGAGUGCAACAUCUGCAGGAAAGUCUUUGGCCAGUUGUCGAACCUCAAGGUCCAUCUGCGAGUACAUAGCGGCGAGCGCCCCUUCAGAUGCCAAACCUGUAACAAGAACUUCACUCAGCUGGCACACUUGCAGAAACACUACCUGGUCCACACUGGAGAGAAGCCCCAUGAGUGCAAAGUAUGCCACAAGCGAUUCAGCAGCACCAGUAAUUUAAAGACACACCAAAGGUUGCACUCGGGUGAGCGGCCCUACCAGUGCAAACUGUGCCCGGCCCGAUUCACUCAAUUCAUCCACCUGAAGCUCCACAAGCGCCUCCACACCGGAGAACGUCCGCACCGCUGCCCCUGCUGCCCCUGCGCCUACUUCCACCAGUGCAGCCUUCAAGUGCACCUCCAGGGCUUCUGCCCUCUCUCGCCUCUGCCUUCACGCAAGCACUCCCCGGAGGAGAUCCACAGAGUCAACGCGGAGAUCGAGAGGUUCGACGUGAGCGAGGCGGCAGAGCAGCUCGAGGCCAUGGCGGCCGAAGCCAAGAUGGACAAGAGGGAUGUGCUCCACCUCAUACAAACCUUGGACGCUCGCAGCUCCGAACAACUAGACGGCGCCCUGGCGGCCGUUGAACUCUUUGAAUUGGCGAACGAGGGUUUGCAAAUUUGCCUCGGCUCUCCUCUACCUCUGCGUCCGAGGCGUAUCAAGCAGGAGUCAGGCUGCAUGUCGGAGCCUGAAGACGGCCUUUCUAAUCCAGCCAUAUAAUCCUUACAGGUCAACUCAGCAGCUGUCUGGUAAAGCCUCAUCUGUUGCACGUGAAGAAGCAAGACUCCACCUGCACAGCCUGACACUUUGUUGGUUUCUUGUAGAAAAAGUUACUAAUUUAUUCAAUUGUUCUUAUGGAUUCAUACAAACAGGGUUUCGUCACAUUCAGCAUCACUGUGUUUUCAUAUUGUCAUGCCAGACAAACAUAUCACCAUGCAUAUAUUUUUUUUAAUUCCUACUAGUAAGAGUGAGAAUGAAUGUGUGUUUAUGUCAUCUCAUUAAAGCUACAAAUAAAGGAGAGGUAUGACUGUGUGAGGAGGAAGCCUCCAUUGUUCGUGACGUGUGCCCUUUUGUGAGCGACCUCCGCUGACGUAGGUGCUCGAGGACGUGAAUAAAUAAACUUCCUGUUA